CCAGAGACAUAUUCGAGUGUAGUAUUCGAGUACACAGCAUUUGCUCGAGUAUAUUGUCAGUGUCAGUACAAGCGAGUUAUUUCGGCAAACAAAAUUCUCCGAAACGUUAAUUUAAUACCAAUUACCGCCCGCAACUAUAACCGUAACUAUGCCGGAAACAAAAACCAAUACGAUCCCCAGUCCCAGUGAUGGACGCGACAACGUCGAGGAUGGAAUGGCGGCCGCCAAUCGACUGGUGGAAAGCCCCACCCAUCCGGCGACGCCAACCAACAGUCGCCGCCAGCCACGCAGCCGUCUGCCGCAGGGACGGCGAGAAGUCACCGACUUCACGGCCAGCCAGGAAGUGAAGCUAAAGGCCGGCAACAUGCGCAUGGCCAAGAUCCAGAUCAGUCUGGCCAAUCUGCGCACCGAAAUGGAGGAGACGAACAAGCAGCUGCGCAACCUCUGCAAAACCAUCAAGGUCGACGUGGACGCCGAGUAGGGUCAUGCGAAGGGUCAUCUUCUGUUAGCCAAUGAAAUUAUCUGUUGAAAAGUAGUUAAUGUUUGAGAUAGAUGUUUGAAAAAUUGGUUGCUGUAUCCAAAUUUGAAGUCCAUGAAAUAUUAAUGUAUCUAAUUCUUAAAAAUAAUACAACGGAUUGGCAAGAA